UCAAAAAUGAGCGACUUUCUGCAUAUUCUGCUUUGUGUGAUCGGUCUGCUUUAUUUUACCCCUCGUGAAAAGACCACUGAACCUUUUUAUGACAUCACAGACCCAGCGUUUAUUGAUGAGUGCGUCAAAGAACACAACAGACACAGAGCCAAUAUGAAGCCUCCUGCCAGCAACUCAAGAUACAUGACGUGGGAUGAGGGUUUGGCAAGAAUUGUACAGGCAUGGGCAAGUAACUGCGUCAAUAACCAUAACCCUCAUCUUCAGCAGCCGGGCAGAAUGCAUCCCAUCUUUACACUUCUGGGUGAAAACAUCUCGGUCAGAACCCCAUAUAGAAAAUUAAAAGUGCAGUCUGCUAUACAGUUAUGGGUGGAUGAAGACCAAUAUUAUAACUACAAUAGCAAUGCGUGCUCCAAAGUAUGUGGCCACUUUACACAGGUUUUCUGGGCAGGCACUUACAAAGUUGGUUGUGCUGAACCAGCAUGUCAGAAUGGUGUUGUUGAAACACAGUUUUCAACUGUUUCUGGAAUAAUUUUUGUGUGCUACUACGCAACAGUGUAA